UUAUAAAAUUACACCUGUCCUUUGAAAUACCUAUUUUUGUUUGUUAGAACGUCAUCGUUAAAAUAGGUGAUCGAGUUUUGGGACAGUGAACUGAAGUCUGAAAUAUUCGUAUUUUUAAUCUGUCUUUCUCGUGUGUUGCAGUCGACACCAAGUCGGUACUACACCAGUGAUAAAGUGAUUCGUGAACGAGAGUAAUUUUUAAGGCUAUUGUUAGUGUUUAACAAUCGGCCAAGAUGAGUUUUAAUUUCAACAGCAAACUUGUUUUGCCUAUAGUUAUUGCUGUUGGUUCUACAGUAGUCCUAGCGACUGUGAUAGCUAAUUGUCUAUGGGGCAAGAAAAAGUCCAAAAACAAGAACCCGGUGACCCUUGUGGAUCCCAAUGUGAAAUAUUCACUGCCACUUAUAGAGCGAGAGGAGAUCAGCCAUGACACAAGGCGGUUCCGGUUUGGAUUGCCAAGCAAAGAUCAUGUAUUAGGUCUGCCCAUAGGACAGCACAUCCACUUGUCAGUGAAGCUGGCCGAUGAUCUGGUCAUCAGAGCGUAUACCCCUGUGUCCAGUGAUGAAGAAAAAGGAUAUGUGGAUCUGGUUAUUAAGGUGUACUUCAAAAAUGUGCACCCAAAAUUCCCCGAUGGUGGCAAGAUGUCCCAAUACUUAGAAAACAUGAAGCUCGGAGACACGAUUGACGUGCGGGGACCGUCAGGGCGUCUGCAGUACGUUGGCAAUGGCCAGUUCCUCAUCAAAAAACUUAGGAAAGACCCGCCUACCAAGUUGUUUGUUAAGAAGUUGAAUAUGAUUGCGGGUGGAACCGGUAUCACUCCCAUGCUGCAGCUGAUUCGCCACAUCUGCAGUGACGCCAACGACCACACGGAACUCAGGCUGCUGUUCGCGAACCAGACUGAACAGGACAUCCUGUUGAGGAACGAGCUCGAGAACUACGCCAACAACCACCCUAACCAGUUCAAGCUGUGGUAUACCAUCGAUAGGGCUGACCCAGGGUGGAAGUACAGCACGGGCUUCAUCAACGCCGCGAUGAUCGGCGCGCACAUGUUCCCGGCCGGCGCCGACACGCUGGUGCUGAUGUGCGGGCCGCCGCCCAUGGUCAACUUCGCCUGCUCGCCGGCGCUCGAGGAGCUCGGCUUCAAGGAGGACCUGCGGUUUGCCUAUUAACUCCUACUUUGGUAAGCCUACACAUUUGUGUAGGUAGGAAGGUCCGACAAAAAAGAGUAUUAUAUCGAUAGCACCACUGAGCGUAAGCACAAAACAUUGUACAUUAUGUUGCAUUCGCAUGAUCGUGGAAAUAACUGAUAUUAAUAAUCCGGCUCUGCAGCAUAAGCGCGUACUGUGUACGCUGGCCGAUUGUCAUCAUGUAAAUCUACAAAAUUUAUUUAUUUUUAAAUCUUGUGUUGUCAGGGACGAAAUAUUUUAGUUUCAACUAAUUUAAUUUCUACCCUUUUUUGUCGAACUGUGCCGUUUGCCUCAGGCUUUCCUGGCCCGAACUAGGCACGAUCAGAUUACAUGCUGUGGAAUUAAAGCUUAGCUCUUUCGUUUAUAUUACAGAUUAAGCUGCAGUCAGAGAUAUUGUUAAUUUGUAUAUGUGAUGAUGAGUUAGUAUGUAGUCAGCAUCUGAGUGUAUGUUUACAAGGAAGUUUGUGGUGGUUACUUUUAUCUGUGACCACAAUAUUAUGACGAACAAUAUUUUUUGAAGUCUUGCCAUUCAUAAAAGACAAAGCAUUUAAAUGAAAAAAAUAUUGCAUUUUUAUAGAGGGUUACAGGGAUACCGUUAAUAUCUUUUAUCCGGACGUAGUUUUCGUAUUUUGGGAUAAUUGUUGUUGUAUAUUAACAUUAAGUAUAAAAGAGAAUUAUACAAUGUUGUUAUAUUUAUAUAGUGCGUAUUUUUUAAUUGCUUUUGUAGUUAAUAUUCUGGACUGGAUUUUAGGAAAUAUAAAUACUAGUUUACUA